UCGGCAGCCCCAGUGCCCGCACGGCCCCGCUCCGGCUCGCAGCUCAGCCCGGAGAGGUGCGGAGGGGGGUACGGGUGGGGUCCCCCCAACCUCCGCGCCGCGCCCCUCACCGUCGUGUCCGGCCUGGCGGAGGCUCCUCUGAGAGUCGGGAGGAGGAUGCGGAAGACCGGUAACGGCGAGGAAAAGGGCUGCGUGUUGCUUAACGCCACUUAGGAGCGGGGGGAGAUGGCCCCGCUGCUGUUCCUGUGGCUGGUGGCCCUGCUUGGCCUGGCCGGGGCGUGCCCCGAGCCCUGCGCUUGCGUGGACAAGUAUGCCCACCAGUUCGCCGACUGCGCCUACAAGGACCUUCAAGUGGUGCCCACGGGGCUGCCCUCCAACGUGACGACCCUCAGCCUCUCGGCCAACAAGAUCACCUCCCUGCAGCGGCGUUCCUUCGUGGAGGUGACCCAGGUCACCUCACUCUGGCUGGCACACAACGAGAUCCGCUCCAUCGAGCUCGGGACCUUCGCCAUCCUGGUGCAGCUGAAGAACCUCGACAUCAGCCACAACCAGAUUGUGGAUUUCCCCUGGCAGGACCUCUACAACCUCAGUGCCCUCCAGCUGCUCAAGAUGAACAAUAACCACAUGGCUCUGGUGCCUCAGGGAGCUUUCCACACCCUGAAGGAUCUCCGAUCCCUGCGCAUUAACAACAACAAGUUUGCCACCCUUGCAGAGGGUAUCUUCGACUCGCUCAGCUCCCUCUCUCACCUGCAGAUCUACAACAACCCCUUUGAGUGCUCCUGCAAGCUCCAGUGGUUGAAGAAGUGGAUGGACAGCACUCUCAUCUCUAUCCCUGAGAAGGACUCCAUCAUCUGUGCGCUCCCGGAGCAGCUCCGAGGAGUGCCGGUGGGGAAGAUCCCCGAUGUGCAGUGCACCUCACCUACCGUGCAGCUCACCUAUUACCCCAACCUGGACACCACGGAGCUCUUUGAUGGCUUCACCCUGACGCUGCACUGUGCUGUGACGGGUACCCCACCACCUGAAGUGAGCUGGAAGAUCCGCACCUCCAGCCAAACCCUGGAACUCAAUGGGAACCCGAAGGAGAGCACCGGGAAGGACCUUCCCAAACAGGACCCUGAGCGCUUCUUGGUCUUCAAGAAUGGUACGUUGGUGAUCCCCCACCUGAGCAAGCGGGAAGAAGGCACCUACACCUGCCUGGCCACCAACGAAAUGGGGAGCAACCAGACCUCGGUCAAUGUGGCUGUGGCAGGCACUCAGAAAUACCCACUGCAGCCUGGGAGGGACCCGCUGGGAGGCAAAGCACAGCCAGGUGAUAAGAAGCCUGGGGCCAAGGGAGCAAAGAACAGUGUGCUCAUGCCAGAUGACAGAAGCAAACCCCUUGGUCCCACCUGGCAGAGCCAACCAUCCAUGGCAGCUGAGGUGGAGUCCACGGGAGAUGGGCAAGUCCCUUUCCAGCUUCCACCCUUUGAGAAGAAGUGUGGCUCCGUACAAACCAGCAAGUACAUUUCCAACCACGCCUUCAAUGAGAGUGGUGACUUCAAGCAGCACACUUUUGACCUGGGGGUGAUCGCUUUAGAUGUGUCAGAGCGCGAUGCCCGGGUGCAGCUCACACCCACCUACAUGCAGCCCGAGAAGGUCCACCUCAGGAUGCUCUACCUGUGCCAGGAGAGCAGGCAGGGCCACGCUUUGGUCCAGUGGUCCAAGAUCGAGGAAGGGGUGAACUCAUACUGGUUCCAGGGCUUGAACCCUGGCACCAACUACUCUGUGUGUCUCACCUACCUGGGGGAGGACUGCCAGGUCCAAGUGGUCUUCACCACCAAAAAGGAGAUCCCCUCGCUCAUCAUCAUCGUGGUUGUGAGCAUCUUCUUGCUGGUGCUGGCCACCUUACCGCUAAUGGGGGCCACGUGGUGCCACCUCCUCUCCAAGUACCAGGGGAAGACCUACAAGCUCAUCAUGAAAGCCCAGAACCCGGACCAGAUGGAGAAGCACAUGGCUGCUGACUUCGAUCCCCGUGCCUCCUACCUGGAGUCCGAGAAGAACUUCAAUCCCAGCGAAGUGGGUGAAGCAGAGGUGGAGGAAGAAGAUGAGGAGGAGGAUGACGAAGGAGGCAGAUGGAGGGGGAGGAGAGAAGCCGAAGGGGCUCCGGAGCUGGAGCGAGAGGAGAGCGUGGCAGCCAGCUCCAUGGUGGAGUCGCAAUCCAAAGCCAACGGCGAGGAGUUCGAGGUCCGCUCCGAGUACAGCGACAAGCUGCCGCUGGGCGCCGAAGCCGUCACCAUCUCCCAAGAGAUCAACGGCAACUACCGGCAGCGCCCCCGCUGAGCCUCCCCGUCCUCCCUCCCGGUCCCCUCCCGGUCCCCACCUCCCCUUCAUCCCCCACCCCCGCCUCCCUAGGCACCGCCGCUGCUUCUCUGAGGAACGACCGGAGCAUCCUCAGCAAUGCCCGCCUGACCUUCCUCCUUCUCCUCUUCCUCCUCCUCCUCCUCAGACGGCAGGUCCCAGGGGAAGGGACUUGGCCCCUGGGAUGCUCGGUGCUGGUUGGACGUUUCACCCAGGAUUUCGUUUCCGUUUUGGAUACUGGAGGUCCCCUCUCUCCCGGCUCGGAGACAUCACCGCAACGAUUCCCGGUCCCCCGUCCUCCUCCGCUCUUCGUCCGCCCCGUGUUUUCUCUCCCUUUAGAGGCGAAAAACGAAAACGAUGAGGAAAAAAAAAUGGGUAAAAGAAAAAAUUCCGGAAUCCCAAAACCUCUUUUUCUUUCUGGAUACAGUUCAGUCCCUGGCGGGUCCCUGCCGCUCCGCGGUCCAGUCCCGCCGCUCCCUCGGUCCCUGGUGAGUCCCCUCUGCUCCCCGGUCCGCUUCUGCCGUUCCCCGGUCCGGGCCCGCAGAGCCGCGGUGUGGUCCCUGCCGCUCAUCGGCGUUACCCUCCCCACUCCCCUCUCCACGCCACUUCCCGGUGGGUCCCCGCCGGUCCCCUCGGUCCGGUGGGUCCCCGCCGGUAGGUGCCUAUCGCACUCAGGUGCAUCCCUAUUUUCCACGGUGGGUGCUGGAGGUCCCCAGGUGCCGUCCCCCUCUCCGCUGCCCGGUGGGUGCCGGGGCUCCCCGGUGCUCACCCGUUCAGCACCGGAGGAGCUGGACAGCUCCGCACCCCCAGAUCGCUCCCCCGGGGUAGCAGCGGCGGCCCGAAACCCCCCCAACCCCCCCGCCUCGGUCCCAUCCCGACCCCCCAGCCCGGCGGGACCCCUCGAUAUGUGUUGGGUAGAGUAGCCUUGUAGCCAAGUGUCUGUGCCGUAGAUGGGCCUGUGCUGCCAGUGGGGACCCGGCCCUGGGAUGCGAGGGGGUCACCACCACCUCCCCCCCUCACCCCAUCCCUCCGGUCCCCGGGAGUCCCGGGACCGGCGAUAGCAGCGGGCGCCUUUCUGCGAGCUUCUGUCUGUGAAAGAGUCAAUUAAAGGGAUUGAAAGUGGA